UGUCUUAUAUUCAAAUUCACUCUAUAAAAGAGGCUGGCAUUCUCCUUCCUUCAUUCACUGACCUGCCAGAGCAGACGCAGACAGAAAGUCUUGGUUAACAUGGCUUCCAGCUACUCCACCCGCAGCAGCUACAUGUCCUCCAGCGGCUCCAUGCGUAUGUCCACGUCUAGUGUGGGAAGCAGCCGUGUGAGCACCGCGAGGGCCGGGAGCGUGUAUGGCGGCGCAGGAGGUUCAGGGGUCCGCAUCUCCCAGGCCACUUACUCUGUCGGAGGUUUCAGCGCGUCAGGAUCUGCAGACAACAGCAUCAUUGGCAAUGAGAAAUUCGCCAUGCAGAGCCUCAAUGACCGUCUGGCUGCUUACCUGGUCAAAGUGCGCUCACUGGAGAAGGCCAACGCUGAUCUGGAGCUGAAGAUCCGCCAGUUCCUAGAUGGCAAAGCCUCCCCUGUUGCUCGUGACUACAGCGCCUACUUUGUCACCAUACAGGAUCUUCAGGCUAAGAUCAUGGCAGCCAUUCACCUGAAGGGUGGAAUCCAUCUCAGCAUUGACAACACCAGCCUGGCCAUUAAUGAUUUCAGAAUGAAAUAUGAAACCGAGCUGGCCAUGCGUCAGUCAGUGGAAGCAGACAUUGCCGGCCUGAGGAGAGUGCUUGAUGAUCUCAACAUCUCCAGAAAAGACCUCACCAUGCAGAUCGAAGGGCUGAAGGAGGAGCUGGUCUAUCUGAAGAAGAAUCAUGAGGAGGAUUUGUUGGCCGCACGUGCACAAAUGAGCGGACAGGUUCACGUCGAGGUCGAUGCAGCUCCACAACAAGAUCUCACCAAGAUCCUGGCAGAAAUCCGUGAGCACUACGAAGCAGUCACAGCGAAAAACCAAAGAGAUCUGGAGCACUGGUUCAAGUCAAAGACGGAAACUCUGAAACAAGAAGUUGUCACCAGCACCACAGACCUGAAAACAUCCCGCACUGAAAUCAAUACGGUCAAAUCCACACUACAGUCUUUGGAAAUCGAACUCCAGUCGCUCUUAGCCAUGAAAGCAUCUUUGGAGGCCACACUGAAUGACACCAAGAAUCGUUAUUCCAUGAGGCUGUCCAGCUUCCAACAUCAGGUCACCACCCUGGAAGAUCAGAUAGUCCAACUCCGUGCCGAUCUGGAGCGCCAGCGGCAGGAGUACCAGAUACUCCUGGACAUCAAGACCAGACUGGAGCUGGAGAUCGCCGAGUACAGGAGACUGCUGGAUGGAGAAACCACUGUCAAAACAACCUCCAGUUCCACCUCGAGGACAAAAGUCAUCACAGUUGUGGAAGAGGUUGUAGAUGGAAAAGUGGUCUCCAGCUCCACGUCCUCAACCGUGUCUGACAGUCGCAGACUUUGAUUGGGUGUAAUGCCUGUUUGUGUUUGCAGUAUGCACAAAAUUGGAAACCAAAUAAAAUAAAACGGCAUUUAAACUCUA